GGAAACAGGUCAAACACUGACAGCCGGGGAGAGGUUUCACUACGCCUGGAGUUUGAACAAACUCCCGUUAAAAACUAUUCUUUUAUUUGGCGUUAAUUUCUUUGCCUUUCUUUAGAAAUCAGUCGCUUCCUCUGUGCUUUUUAGACGCUGAUCAGAGUGACUGGGCUCGUGCGGUUUGAACGUGUAUGCCUCCUUGCUCUUUGAUCUUCCUGAAAACACCUGCGUGAUUCAGGUAACUCCCCGAUGAAGAGGGAAGUCCUUGGACACUGAGCGGCGAAAAGUUUAUCCUGCAGGGAUGUGUUCAAGCCGGGGUAUAUGUGGUGAAAACAAUCGCUCUAACAGAUCAGCCAACUCAGAGGGCACUGGAUCAGGCGCUCACUAUGCCCUGUGCGCUCUGGGAGUCGGGCUCAUCGCCCUGGGUAUUGUCAUGAUUGUGUGGACUGUGAUACCCAUGGAUGGAGAGUCAUCAGGAGGCUCCCCAACUAUGUCUGGAAACUCCACCAAUGUGCCUGGUAACAAUGAUGAGGCGGAGGAGGAGAAAGACAGAACAAAGUCUUCAUCAGUGGCUAUGGUGCUUGUUGGAGUCGGGGCGGCCAUGUUGCUUUUGUCCAUUUUUCUCGGUGUGAGGAACAAGAGGAGGGCGCACAACAGGAGCAACCAGCAGGCAGCAGGGACAGGAGUGCCCUUCAUGGACCAUACGGCAGGAGAACAGGAAGAGGCUCCUGACCCAACGGCGUACAACGUGCCAAGUUAUGAGGAGGUUGUCGGCAGUGGAAAUUACCCAGUCCGCCAAAGCAACCUUCGCCAAAGCACCUCUCAGCUGCCUUCUUACGAAGACAUCAUCGCUGCGGUGGAAAACGAGGGAUCAGAGCCCACCAGCAACCCCAACGAGGACACCCCACUCAACGACUCCACUCAAGCUCCUGCUCAACCUGCCGAGCCCCAGCCUGACCCCUCUGGCCUCGCACAUAACCCCAGCAUGCCCACCCGCAGCACCAGCCGGGCCAGCCGUUUGCUGCGGCCCCUCAGAGUCAGGAGGAUCAAGUCAGACAAACUGCACCUGAAGGAUUUCCGCCUCCAAAUUCGCAGCCCCACACAGAAUCCAGUGACCAUCGAACCCAUCACUCCACCGCCGCAGUAUGACAAUAAGGUGCCUGAAUUAGGGUAGGGUAGGGUCUCCCGCCGCUUGCCUUGCUCCAGAUGAAUAAAAAUAUCUGUGUUAAAUGGACUAAUGAUAACACCACUUUCAAGGUUAGUAUUAAGUAGGUUAAAUGUGGCUGCAAGCUGCCUGAUGGAGGCCAUGCAGACACUAUAGGAACGAGAAUAUCUCUGAAGUGGAUCUCUUGUUCAUUAUUCCUGAGGCUUAUGACAGGCAUAUUUAUUCUGUUAUCAUGCAAAUUAAACGUGUGUGAAAGAAAGAGCUGUCAGAGUUGAGCUUUUGUUUUAAACGUAUGCCUUAACUUAAAUCCCACUGGACAGCCUUUGCUUUUAUUUAAUAGAUAAUUGUAAUGGACAGUCUCCUUGAAUUAUUAACAUGUUUUUCACCUUUUUGUUGCUAAUAUUGUUUCUGAAUUGUUUUGAAGUUUGAAAAUAAUUAAACUAUGUCAUGAUUCAAAAGGGGAAAAGGGAAACUAAUUACCUUGGAGAUUUUUUAAUGUCAUCUAGUAUCAGUCAGUUACUUUACAUAGAAAUUUAUGAUUUCAAACUUUUGUCUUUUGAAGAAAAGGGACUGCUACACAUGUGAACAUUGAAUAUUUCCUUGUUCCUAAGUUGUUUUACAUCUACUGUUUUACCACACUGGUCCCUGAAGAUGCUGUCUAUGUAAUGUUGACUGUCAAAUAUCACAAACACUGUAAACGGACUAGUCUACUUGGAUAGUCAGCUCUCAGAUAAAAGGUUAUGUCUGAUGGAGGAUUUGACAAGCCUUCAGGGGACUUUUAAUCCAUUUUGGUGUUUAAACUAUGUUCUAGUGUUUGUAAAAUAUGAGGCAAAUAAAUGUUUUUCUAUUUCA